GUGAUGCUGAGAGCUGCCUGCUCAGACAACAGACACGCGAGGUCAGGAAGAAGCCGCUUAUAAAUUACUGCUUCCUUCGCGCCGCCGCCAGCGCCGAGCUUCGGGCCCUGGUUGCAGUCCGGCUCGCUUGCCGUCGCCGAGCCCUGAGGACUGCGAGCUCGGACACCCGGCCACACCGAGGAGCGCGGAGCGCGGACCCCGCGGGCCAGAGACCCAGCCGGCGGGCAGUCCCCGGCGAGUGGAAGGGAGUGCAGCGCCGCGGCCGCCCCAGGUCCGGAACAGCAGCCCUUUCUGAGGAGCCUCCAAACAAAGCGAGGAGGAGAUGGCCACCAAGGAGAAGCUGCAGUGUCUGAAAGACUUCCACAAGGACAUCCUGAAGCCGUCCCCCGGAAAGAGCCCGGGCACGCGGCCCGAGGACGAGGCUGAGGGGAAGCCCCCGCAGAGGGAGAAGUGGUCCAGCAAGAUCGACUUUGUGCUGUCCGUGGCUGGUGGCUUCGUUGGUUUGGGCAACGUCUGGCGUUUUCCGUACCUCUGCUACAAAAAUGGUGGAGGUGCAUUUCUCAUACCGUAUUUUAUUUUCCUGUUUGGGGGCGGCCUGCCUGUGUUUUUCCUGGAGGUAAUCAUAGGCCAGUACACCUCUGAAGGGGGCAUCACCUGCUGGGAAAAGAUCUGCCCCUUGUUCUCUGGCAUCGGCUACGCCUCCAUCGUGAUUGUGUCCCUCCUGAAUGUAUACUACAUCGUCAUCUUGGCCUGGGCCACAUACUACCUGUUCCAGUCCUUCCAGUCGGAGCUGCCCUGGGCGCACUGCAACCACACCUGGAACACGCCCUACUGCAUGGAGGACACGAUGCGCAAGAACAAGAGCCUGUGGAUCACUCUCAACACCAGCAACUUCACCUCCCCUGUCACCGAGUUCUGGGAGCGCAACGUGCUGAGCUUGUCUUCUGGAAUCAACAGCCCCGGCUCACUGAAGUGGGACCUUGCUCUCUGCCUUCUUUUCGUGUGGUUGGUCUGUUUCUUCUGCAUCUGGAAAGGCGUCAAGUCCACGGGGAAAGUUGUCUAUUUCACGGCCACUUUCCCGUUUGCUAUGCUGCUGGUGCUGCUGGUUCGUGGACUGACGCUGCCUGGGGCGGGCGCAGGCAUCAAGUUCUACCUGUACCCUGACAUCAGUCGCCUCAAGGACCCACAGGUGUGGAUUGAUGCCGGGACCCAGAUAUUCUUCUCCUAUGCCAUCUGCCUGGGAGCCAUGACCUCACUGGGGAGCUACAACAAGUACAAGUACAACUCGUACAGGGACUGUAUGCUGCUGGGAUGCCUGAACAGUGGUACCAGUUUUGUGUCUGGCUUCGCAAUUUUUUCCAUCCUGGGCUUCAUGGCACAAGAGCAAGGGGUGGACAUUGCUGAUGUGGCUGAGUCAGGUCCCGGCCUGGCCUUCAUUGCCUACCCGAAAGCUGUGACUAUGAUGCCGCUGCCCACUUUUUGGUCCAUUCUCUUUUUUAUUAUGCUUCUCUUGCUUGGACUGGAUAGCCAGUUUGUUGAAGUUGAAGGACAGAUCACAUCCUUGGUUGAUCUUUACCCAUCCUUCCUAAGGAAGGGUUUCCGUCGGGAAAUCUUCAUCGCCUUGAUAUGUAGCAUCAGCUACCUGCUGGGGCUGACCAUGGUGACGGAGGGUGGCAUGUAUGUGUUUCAACUCUUUGACUACUAUGCAGCUAGCGGUGUAUGCCUCUUGUGGGUUGCAUUCUUUGAAUGUUUUGUUGUUGCCUGGAUUUAUGGCAGUGAUAACUUGUAUGACGGCAUUGAGGACAUGAUCGGCUACCGGCCUGGGCCAUGGAUGAAGUACAGCUGGGCCGUGGUCACUCCAGUUCUCUGUGUUGGAUGUUUCAUUUUCUCUCUCGUCAAGUACAUACCCCUGACCUACAACAAAGUGUACGUGUACCCGACCUGGGCCAUCGGGCUGGGCUGGAGCCUGGCCCUGUCCUCCAUGGUGUGCGUCCCCUUGGUCAUGGUCAUCCGCCUCUGCCAGACGGAAGGGCCGUUCCUCGUGAGACUCAAGUACCUGCUGACCCCGAGGGAGGCCAACCGCUGGGCCGUGGAUCGAGACGGGGCCGCUCUCUACAGCUCCCACUCGACCAUGAACGGCACUCUCCUGAAACCCACCCACAUCAUCGUGGAGACCAUGAUGUGAGCUCUCUCGGGCCGACGGCUGCUUUCCUGCUGUUUACUAACAUUAGAUUCUCAUAGGACCAGGUUUACAGAGCUUUAUAUUUGCACUAGGAUUUUUUUUUUUAAUUGUCACAGAAAAUAUUACUGUGUGUGUGUGUGUGUGUGUGUGUGUGUGUGUGUGUGUGGUGUCGUGCGUAUGUGUAUUUUGUGUUGAUUUGGGGAUAUUUUGUACAAAAAGAAAACAACAAAAAAAAAACACACACACACAACCCAUGGGCAGAAGUCCGGGGCAAGGCAGAGCUUUCUUACUGAAUUAGAUGUAUUUUAUGGGAACUGGUAAAUUUUUCUUUGUAUUUUUUUUUUUUUUUACAUAUAAUUAUAUAUGUACACUUAGAGAUUGUCAUACACUUUUACCACUUGAAUUGAUCUUGCCAGCAAUAGAUCUCAUUUUCAAAAGCAA